CCUUACUUCUCUCUCUCUCUCUCUCUCUCUCUCGCUCCUCAUUCCUGCACUGCUCUAGGAGACAUUGCUCCCAUUUUUCCUAUCUCUCUCUCUCUCUGUCUUUCUUUCUACCUUCCUUUCACUUACAGUUUCUCACUUAUGUCUAUCGUCUUCUCUCUCUCUCUCUCUCUCUCUCUCUCUCUCUCACACACACACACACACACACACACACACACACACACACACACAGGGGGGAGGGAGAGAGAGAGAGAGGAGGAGCUCACAGCGGCGCUGCAGCUCUUCGGGUGCUCAGAGAAGAGGGGAGAGAGAGAGAGAGAGAGAGAGAGAGAGACUCUCAGACUCCCCAUCCGCGGUUCUCUCUCCGUCAGUUCGCUCCAGGCUCGCGGCUCUAUCGGAAGGAUGCGCGCGCUCCCGGUGCUCUUCUCCGUAGCUGCUCUCCUCCUGCACUCCUCUCCGGGGCUGCUCGGGGAGAUGCAGCUGAAUGUGCCGCUGUGCAAGUCAGGAUUUUCACAAAGCCUUUAUUCCCUGCGCCUCUCAAGGGAUCUAGUGCACGGCCGAAGUGUGCUCAAAGACACCUUGCUGUCAUCAGGAGCAGUUCAUUUUGAUGACUGUUUAGGAAACGCAGCGGUACGACUGGACAGCGGUGAUCCCCGCUUCAGAAUCGAGACAGACGGAUCCGUGUACACACAGAGAGACGUGUUCACUCUGAACACACCGAUGAAUUUCACAGUGACGGCUCACGCCACAGACGACGCACACACCUGGGAGACGACCGUGCGACUGGAGCUCGAGGAAAUGACAGGUAAUUACAUGGCACGAGGACAAGAGGACACCGGGACGCAGGCAGUUGUCAUCCGCUUUCCUCCAAGACAGAACUCGGGCUCCGGCAAGCUGCGGCGGCAGAAGCGAGACUGGGUCAUUCCACCGAUCAACGUACCAGAGAACUCCCGAGGCCCCUUUCCACAGAUGCUCGUCAGCAUCCGUUCAGAUAAAGAUCGCUCCAUUAACAUCAGAUACAGCAUCACCGGUGUGGGGGCGGAUCAGCCACCCAACGAAGUGUUCAACAUCGAUCCAGAGAAAGGCAAGAUGUACGUCACCAAGCCACUGGACAGAGAGGAGCGCUCGUCCUACCACCUCCGUGCUCAUGCGGUCGAUAUGAACGGGAAUCAGGUGGAGCAGCCGGUGGACCUCUACAUCUUCGUCAUCGACAUGAAUGACAACCGGCCCGAGUUCAAGAACCAGAUCUACAACGGUUCAGUGAUGGAGGGAUCCAAACCAGGUACGACAGUGAUGACAGUAACAGCGCACGAUGCUGAUGACAUCACCACCUCUAAUGGCAUGGUGCAUUACCGGAUUCUCCAGCAGACCCCGCACAUCCCGAUCCCAAACAUGUUCACUAUUAACAGAGAGACAGGAGACAUUGUUACUGUCGCAGCUGGACUCGACAGAGAGCGAGUUCCUCAGUACACAGUGAUCGUCGAGGCAACAGAUAUGGAGGGGAAUCUGAACUUCGGUUUGUCGAGCACAGCUACGGCGCUAAUCGCCAUCACCGACAUCAACGACAACCCGCCUGAACUCACACAGAGCACGUUCUCGGGUGAGGUGAUGGAGAACAGCGUGAACGUAGUGGUAGCGAACCUCUCCGUGGUCGAUAAGGACGAGCCUCGGUCGCCCAACUGGAACGCCGUGUACCGCGUCGUCAGCGGCGACAACGGACGCCACUUCACCAUCCGGACAAAUCCGGAGAACAACGAUGGCAUGCUCACUGUAGUGAAGCCGGUGGACUUUGAGAUGAAUCGAGCGUUCAUGUUGACGGUAGUAGUCGCUAAUCAGGCUCCUCUGGCCGACGGGAUCCAGUCGUCUCUCCAGUACACAGCCGGGGUCACCGUCUCUGUGAGGGACGUCAACGAGGCGCCUGUUUUCCCGGAGAACCCCAAAAUGGUGCGGUUUGAGGAGGGCGUGCCCGCUGGCACCAUCAUCACCACGCUCACUGCCCGAGACCCGGACACGUUCAUGCAGCAGAGCAUUCGGUAUCUUAAGCUGUCGGAUCCGGCUAACUGGCUGUCCAUCAACACGACAAACGGUCAGAUCGCCACGACGGCUGUGCUGGACCGAGAAUCCGUCUAUGUCAAGAAGAACAUCUACGAGGCUACGUUCCUUGCCGCUGAUAAUGGCUCUCCUCCUGCCAGUAGCACAGGAACGCUGCAGAUAUUUCUCAUAGAUGUGAACGAUAACGCUCCAUCACUCGUUCCUCACGAUGCUCAGAUCUGUGAAAGAUCUCACAUGAACUCUGUCAACAUCACGGCUGUGGACGCAGAUACCGAUCCCAAUGUCGGUCCCUUCGUCUUCGAGCUGCCUCUUCAUCCCUCCAUCAUCCGCCGCAACUGGACCGUCUCCCGGAUCAACGGAAACUAUGCCCGUCUGAGCCUAAGGAUCCAGUUCCUGGAGUCGGGUGUGUAUGAGGUUCCCAUUUCUGUGUCGGACUCAGGAAACCCGCCACUCUCCAAUCGCUCAGUCAUUAAGGUGAAGGUGUGUCCGUGUGACGAACAUGGUGACUGCACUGCACACGGUGCCGUAGCAGCGGCGGGCCUGGGCACUGGCGCCAUCAUCUCCAUCCUUAUCUGCAUCAUCAUUCUUCUUAGCAUGGUUUUGCUCUUUGUGGUAUGGAUGAAGAGGAAAGAGAAGGAGAGGCAAACCAAACAGCUGCUGAUUGACCCUGAGGAUGAUGUCAGAGACAACAUCCUCAAAUAUGAUGAGGAAGGAGGAGGAGAGGAGGACCAGGACUAUGACCUGAGUCAGCUGCAGCAGCCCGACUCCCUGGAGCACAUCAUGGGUAAACCCCCAGGUGUCCGACGGGUGGACGAGAGGCCUGUGGUACCCGAGUCUCAGUACCCGCUACGGCCCAUGGUGCCCCACCCUGGGGACAUUGGAGAUUUCAUCAAUGAGGGUCUGAGAGCGGCGGAUAAUGACCCGACAGCCCCACCGUACGAUUCGCUGCUGGUGUUUGAUUACGAGGGCAGUGGAUCCACGGCCGGGUCGGUCAGCUCACUCAACACCUCCAGCAGUGGAGAACAAGACUAUGACUACCUCAACGACUGGGGUCCGCGUUUCAAAAAACUCGCCGACAUGUAUGGGGGCGGAGAUGAUUAAAACGGAAAGGUGCAGUCCAUCAAAGGCUCCUCCCACGUCACCUGACCUGUGGCGACGACCAAUCAUGGGCCUCUCUCUCUCUCUGAAAAACAUACCCACCUACCAAUCACUUGGCCAGCUCCAGAGAGACUUGUACUACAGAGAGAGACAGCGAUAUAGUGGACCUGCUUUUUCCUUUAAUUAUGUUUUUUGUUUUUUUUUAAAUAAGUUUCUUGUUUUUUUUUUUUAAAUUUGUUUUUUUUUUUUUUUAGUAGUCGAGCUGUAUUCACGCUUUGUGCUCAUUAUUUCUUUGAAGAAUCCUGCGAUUUAGUUGACGCAACUAUCUGCAGGCGAAAGCUUCCUGCUAGCAUUGAGACAGCGCAUAAAAAGAGAAAAGAGUAAAAAAAAAAAAAAGAAAAAAAAAAAAAAAAAGACAAGGUAGGCAUUCUACUCUUAAAAAUGGUCUGAACAAGCCAUUCUUUUUCUUUCUCUGAACUUGAAUUCUUUCGAGAAGAGGAGCACUGUCGUCGUUGUCGUCGUUGUCGUUAUCGUUGUUUAAGAAGUGCCUUUAGUGGUGCGUAGUUCUUGGAUUUUUCUCAGGAUUGGUCUUCUGUCCAGACCUACACCUGACAUCAACACACACUUCUACAGCUGAUCGGCCAUAUUCAAGUUCCUCAUAAUUCUCCUGCAAGAACAUUGAGGCUUUUGGCUUGUAGCUCCAUGACAGGAAGCUUACAGGAAGUUACAUGACAGGACGUUUGCGUGACUGAAUAGUACACAGUACGUCAGAUAUUUACUUUUUGACAAAAAUGAAUUCGACUGUAGAGUUUCACAUGCUAUCGAGGAGACCGUUACAGAGAGCUCGGCAGAAACAUUAUAACUAUCGAACCAUGAGGUUUAUUCAUGAUCAGGUACAAAUUUGGUAGUACCGAUAAUUGUUUAUAUGACAAACCGUGACAUUUUUAGCAUGAUUUUAAAAUAUCACUGUUGUCUGGGUGGGCAACAUUUUUGGGCAGUAUCUAUGCUCCUGAGAAGAAAGCAGCAUAUGGACAGCUUGUAAGGUUCUUUUAAGAUUCUUCUAAGGUCGCUUCUUUUUGGUCAGGUUAAAACACAGAAUCAUAUGUGACAGCAAAUCUCAGAAAGUUUGAGUGCACAGAAGUGUCUCUCUAAAAUGCUGCCUGGCGAUAAUAGCGAAACGUAAACAUGUUAUUAUGGCAUUAAGCUGUAAACCGUUAUUGUCGUUAUUGUGAUAUGAAAAUGUAAUGCCUUGAAGUGCUAGGGUUAGGGUUUCAUUUCCAUGUUUGCUCUGCAUUGAGGCAUUGUCCACAGGUAUAUUCUUUUCUCAGUGUUUUGGCUUCCUGAUCUCACGAAAACAGCAUUUUGGAUCACUGAAAACAAAGCUCUCAGAUACACCAAUCAGCCAUAACAGUAAAUCCACCUGCUUAAUAUUGUCUAGGUCCACACUGUGCCACCAAAACAGCUCUGACCCGUCAAGGCAUGGACUCCACAAGACCUCUGAAGAUGUGUUGUUGUAUCUGGCACCAAGACUUUAGCAGCAGAUCCUUUAAGUGCUGUAAGUUGCGAGGUGGGGCCUCCAUGGAUCGGACUUGUUUGUCCAGAACGUCCCACAGACGCUCGAUCGGAUUGAGAUCUAGGGAAUUUGGAGGCGGGUCAACACCUUCAACUCUUUGUCAUGUCCUUCAGACCUUUCCUGAACAUUUUUUGCAGUGUUUCAGGACGCAUUAUCCUGCUGAAAGACAUUAGGGAAUACUGUUGCUAUGAAGGAGUGUACUCGGUCCUCGACAGUGUUUAGGUAGGUGGUACGUCUCAAAGUAACAUCCACAUGAAUGCCAGGACCCAAGGUUUCUCAGCCCGGAGCAUCACACUUCCUCCACCAGCUCGCCUUCUUCUCAUACUGUAGUGCAUCCUGGUGCCAUCUCUUUCCCAAGGUAAGUGAUGCACAUGCACACUUGAAAACAUGAAAACAAGAUCCAUCAGACCAGGCCACCUUCUUCCAUUGCUCCAUGGUCCAGUUCUGAUGCUCACAUGUCCAAUGUCGGUGCUUUUGGCAGUGGACAGAGGUCAGCAUGCACACUCUGACUGAUCUGCGCCUACACAGCCCUAUACGCAGCAAGCUAUGAUGCACUGUGUGUUCUGACACCUUUCUAUCAGAGCCAGCAUUAGCAUUUUCAGCAGUUUGUGCUGUAGCUGUUCUGUGGGAUCGGACCAGACGGGCUAGCCUUCGCUCCCUACACGCAUCAGUGAGCCUUGGGCGCCCACGACCCUGUCGCCGGUUCACCAGUUGUCCUUCCUUGAACCACUUUUGGUAGGUAAUAACCACUGCAUACCGGGAACGCCCCACAAGACCUGCUGUUUUAGAGAUUCUCUGACCCAGACGUCUAACCAUCACAAUUUUUCUCAUGUCAAACUCAGUCAGAUCCAUAUGCUUGGCCAUUUUCCUGCAUCCAACACGUCAACUUCAUGAACUGACUGUCCUCCUGCUGCAUAAUAUAUCCCACCCCUUGACAGUUGCCAUCGAGAUAUAAACCAAUGUUAUUCACGUCACGUGUCAGUGGUUUUAAUGUUAUGGCUGAUCUGUGUCGUUUUUCCAUUUUCGUACGGACGGAGAUAUUCUCAAAAGCGCUAGAAAGUAUUUAUAUAAAAUCUGAGUCUUCACAGCAACAAGCUCUCCAUAGGUGCAACGUGCUUAUUUAAGCUCCAUAAAGUUAUUACUCUUCUUCAAAAGCAUAUAUUAAGACAUUAACGAGGCCAAAUUGCAUGCAUGUCACCAGAAGAUCAAACUAGCUCACUGUAAGCCAUGGGCCAAAGGUUCCUGGAUUGCCACUUGAUGAGGGUUAAAUAGCGAUUGUGAGUGUUCAUUCAUCACAUCAGUACAAGACUCACCCACUUUGUAUCAAUGCACUGUUGAGUAGUUUAUUCAUAGAUAUUUGACACAUUUAUAACCAAAUCAUUUGGGCACUUGAAGAAAACAUCCACUCAUUUAUGAAGAAUCUUCAUCUUUUGAACGUACUGAGGAAGUAUUCACAAUAAAAUAUUCUGUAUAGAUAAUAAAUGCGGUUUGAUGUUUUGAUGUUUCACACUAUGCUGGUGUUCAAAUUAUGCUGAAGCUCCCAUUAGGGGCACAAAAGGAAGAAUCGAGACCAGAAAGUUAUUGUUCCACAAAAGUUCCUCAUAAUUUUAUUGCAAGCUUGUUAAAAUGAAAUGUAAAGUAAGGGUAAAAGGUAAGAGGCUUGAUAUGGACUAGCAAAUCUCAUUUAUAUUUAAGGAAAUGUCUUUGGACUUUAAUGAUUAGUCACAACGGGUGGCGUGAAAAACACAAUCCAGUAUCAAAAUGAAUGGCUCAUAAAAUGUCCUGAAGCCCAUUGAGGUCUUUGGUUCAUACUAACUUACUCAUAGCUUUUAUAAGCAGCAUCCCGAGGGCAACCUUAAAGAAAGUUCUGGGUCACAUUAUACCGUAAAAUUCACUUAUCUUGGACAGUCAUUAUGCACAAUCCAAACAGGCUUAAAAAAAUUAAGGGAAGUAAGAAUUAGUAGGUCAUUAGCGUUAGGAACUGGAAGGACUAGAGAAAUCAACAAUGAAAUGAGAAUUUAAGUAUACAGUAAUGGGAAAGAGUGCUAUCAAGAAUACGAAGAUAUACGAGCUGAUAUUAAUCAGAGUAUGGGAUCAAGGUGGAGCGGUAGCACGGAAACGCGACAAACAGGAAGUAAACGAGGAAGUGGACGACUUACAGAAAAGCGUAAACAGACCGAGGCUGCAUUCACUCUUGGGUUGUUGUUUUUUUUUUUUUUUUUAACAGUAAAAGUGCUGGCCGGAUAUGAAAAAAAAUCAGCUCACCGUAGUAACGCUCUUACAAACCCUAGCUAGUAUCGGCUAACUAACCGUCGUAGCUUGCUCUCUAGAUUAAAUUUAUUAUUAUCAGUAAUGUUUGCGAAAUAAAAACUCUAUUAACGAGGAGGUUGUGUGUCUUUGCCGUAGCUUUGGAGGCAGAAAUGAAUGACUUAUUAUCACAUCUGUAGUUACAUCGGAAAAUAUUUUUCAUUCAGCAUGCCAUUCAAAAGAAAAAUCUUCUCACAUUCGCUCACUAACAAGACUCGUUUUUUUCGCUGGCACUCUGUCCUCCGUGUUGGUUUUUCUGGCUUGACGACCCUCUUGCCAAAGUACUUGAUGUCACCCUGCGCUUAAAUAAAAAAAAUAAAACAAACAUCAGUGGCAGCACUGCCAAGUGUGAACGCAGCCUAACGGGACGACAACGAGGCUCGGGAGGAAUACAUGGUAUCGGUAAUCAGAGGGUGUGGUCAGGGUGGAGUUUAGGUGGAGGUGGAGCUGGCGAUGUAGAUGGGAGGGAAGCGUCUCCGACCGCAACUUAUGCACUCACUAUGCACUUAUAUUCUUACACUAUACAAUGUGUACUCGACUAGUACCUUUGACAGUAUCUCAUAUCGAACACUUAAGAUUUAGAAAGAACAGAUCGUUGUGUGGUAUCUCAUAUCAUCAAGACACCAGAACAGCCUUCACAGGAAGAAACUAAUUUUACACUGUAGCGUAAGCCAUUUUCCAAUACAAUACCUGCAGUGCUCUCCGGUAGCCCCGCCCCUUCUAGUGAAUUCCCCCCCACGCUAAAAUCCAGACGUUGCUGACGAAGUAGGAUUUACUUCCAAAAACAUGACAGAUAAAAGCAAAAUACAGUACGAAACGAUCUACCAUUAGACACUGUGUAUUUUAAAACGUUAAAGUCGAGCGCGAUCACUUUCUUUGAGAAACGUACAUUUUCUUUAGAAAGUCUGUGAUCCGUGGUGUGUGUGUGUGUGUGUGUGUGUGUGUGUGUAAUGCAGGUUUAAGAGGCCUAGUCAGAUUUCAUUAAUCCUUUUAUUCACAGAAACAAUCCACAGCUACGCUACAGAAGCUCUGCUUUGGUUUUACAUAUGUAAAUGUUGUAUAUAAGCUUUUUUUUUUUUUAAUUUUUUUUUUUUUUUUAAGCUCUCGUUAUAAUGGACCGUACUGUAAAGAGUACCGUCUUUUAUUUCCCGACCUUUUAGUUAAUCGUCCGAGCUUUUGUCGAUAUCUUCAAAACACCAAGUCGAAAGCCAUGUAAGUGUGGUGUCGACGAGUAAAAAUCAUUUCAAAUCCGUUUUUAAAAACACGCCGGAAAAAAAAAACGAUCAUCGCAGUCGCUAUAAAUUCAAACCGAAACCGUUUCGUGUUCGUCAGGAGAGUUAGUCUCGUUCAAAUGUCUUAUUAUCUACUUAAAUGCAUCUCAGAUAUACACGAGACCAAAAGUCCAAGUGCACUACGGUUUAUUUCAUCACUUAUCAACGGUAAAAUACUUUUUUUUUUUUUUUCCUCAGCUGAUCUUACUAUCCGAGUGUGCGUACUGUAAUUUAGCACCGAGGCGGAUGCAGCGUUCAUCCGUGUGUGUGAUCUUCGUAUAAAAUUUUUAAAUCUAUAAUAUCUCGUGUGCAUACACUGCACAACACCACAGAGUUGGCCGUCAUGCCUUACGAUUUGACAACUAGCAGGUGUAUAACAGGACUAUAAUGGGAAUAAUAAGAGUACUCAGUUGGCGUGGUCAGGGCGGAGCUAGGGUAUCCCUUCCUCACGUAACGAUUCGUUCCUUAGAGGAUUUGAGGAGGAUAUUUGAAGAAAUCUUUGCUAAAGGAGACUUGUCUUAAGCACCACUGCCUGUCACUAUGCUACACACACAACACAAUGUGAAUUAACUGCAGUGAAAACAUACCGGCCCAUGUACAGCAUAUUUAAAUGUUAAUGUUCUGGCCUGUACAAGAUUCUACUCUAUUAUGCAUAUUUUAACGGACUUUGAUCCCAGGUGCUUAAAGCCGCGGUUGGCGAUAGGAUUUAGGUUUGGGUUUCGCAUCGGGUUAGAACAGGUUCUCAAAAGGUUCUAUUUUGCAACGCUUUGUAAAUAAAAGUUCAUUUAUGAACAACUGUUUGUUUGAAUAUUUAAACCAGGGGUCUUCGGUCGUAACUGCAAAGGGCCGGUGGGGCUGCAGGAUUUCAUUAGAGCCAAACUGGAGGCAGGAUUGAUGGGUGAUUGACGGUGAACUGAUUGAAAAAGUGAAAUCAGGUGUGGCUCAUGCUGCAAUUUGGGGUUAUGGUUCAUGUUAAAGGUUUGGGGUUAAAGCUAGGGUUAAAGAUAAGGUUAGUUCUAACGUUAAAUCUUUGGGGUUAGAGCUAGUAUUAAAUGAUUAGGGUUAGGGCUAGGGUUAAAGUUUUGGGGUUAGAGCUAGGGUUAAACGGUUGUGGUUAUGGCUAGGGUUGAAGGUUUGGGGAUAGGGUUGGGGUUAGGGCUAAGGUUAAAGGUUUGGGCUAGGGUUUGAUGUUUGAGGUUAUGGCUAGGGUUAAAGAUUUGGGUUUAGGGUUAGGGCUAGGGUUGAAGGUUUGGGGAUAGUGUUAGAUGUUUGAGGUUAUGUCUAGGGUUAAAGAUUUGGGUUUAGGGUUAGGGCUAGGGUUGAGUGUUUGGGGAUAGGGUGGGUGUUAGGGCUAAGGUUAAAGAUUUGGGGUUUGGGCUAGGGUUUGAUGUUUGAGGUUAUGGCUAGGGUUAAAGAUUUGGGUUUAGGGUUAGGGCUAGGGUUGAGUGUUUGGGGAUAGGGUGGGUGUUAGGGCUAAGGUUAAAGAUUUGCGGUUUGGGCUAGGGUUUGAUGUUUGAGGUUAUGGCUAGGGUUAAAGAUUUGGGUUUAGGGUUAGGGCUAGGGUUGAAGGUUUGGGGAUAGGGUGGGUGUUAGGGCUAAGGUUAAAGAUUUGCGGUUUGGGCUAGGGUUUGAUGUUUGAGGUUAUGGCUAGGGUUAAAGAUUUGGGUUUAGGGUUAGGGCUAGGGUUGAAGGUUUGGGGAUAGUGUUAGAUGUAUGCGGUUAUGGCUAGGGUUAAAGAUUUGGGUUUAGGGCUAGGGCUAGGGUUGAAGGUUUGGGGUUAGAGCUGGGGUUAAAGGAUUGGGUUAGUCGUAGGGUUACAGUGUUGAGGGUAGGGCUAGGAGUAAAGGUUUAGAAUGAGGGCUAGAGUUGAAGGGUUGACUUAAAGCUUUCGACUUAGGGCUAGGGGUAAGAGUUUGUCGUUGGGGCUAGGGUUAAAUAUCUGGGGUUAGUGUUAGGGUUAAAGGGUUGAGGGUCGGGCAAAGGUUGAAGUUUUAGGUCUAGGGCUGAAAACUUGCACCAGCAGUAAAGCUUACAGAAACAGACUUGAGCAUGCUCAGUUUUCUCCUUAUUCUCCGAAUACAAUCUAUCUUUGUUUAUCUGAAGCAGGACGCCAUCCUUACAAAUGAAAACGAGUGUUUGCUUUGUGCGUGACGCUUAUUGCUUUUUAAUAUGGAGAACGUGCAUUAAAAAUACAUGCCAUUUUUCCUACACGCCGAAUAACAGCAGCGCAGGUCUCGUACCCCGGCACAACGAAGCCAAUAACGCAAACAAACUGAGCAUCGAGACGGAUUUAAUUACCGCGAAUGUGAAGAUGAAAGCAUGGCGCUGAAUAAAUAAACGCAACGUUUCCGAUAGGAAGAAAGAAUGCAGUAUAUACAGCAGACGGGCGGAAAGAUUAAUGACGGUUCUAAUACGCCGCGUAUCCCCCAAAACAAUAUAACCAGAGAAAAAACACACACGAUAAGAGUGUAUAUGAGAAAUAUCACCUUAAACAGUUUUUGCUCGUGCGUUAAGACUUUUGGACGCUACAGGAAGUGAAACGAUGAUUUCAGGUCUCUUUACUUUGUUACUACGUUUGUUAAUGUAUUAUUCGGAACUGAAAUUGUGUCUCUUUUUUUGUUUGUUUGUUUUUUUUUGUUCGUACACUCGUUCUGUCUGGAUUUUGUUUCAAUCAGGUUUCAGAGGUUCCCAUGUGCUUUUUAGGGAGGCGUGUAUUUAGACGUGUUUUAAACUAAAAACAGUGGAAGAUCAUCAGACGGGAGAGGUUUUCCUCCUUGUCUGCGUGUAUAUAUGUGUAUUAACUGCUUGAAGCUGAACAAAUUAGGCAACAUUGGAUUUUUUUCUUUUGCAUGUGUCUUUUUCUAAUGGACGAGACGAUUACGUAUCAAAUAUACUGAAGAAACGAAGCGACCCGCAUGAACGUGGUCGUUCUUUUCUUUUCUUUUCUUUUUUUUGUUUUUUUUUUUUCUUUCUUUUUGUUUCUUUUUUUUUCUUCUUCUUCUUCUUUUUGUUGGUUUCUUUUUUUGGUCCAGACAGUGUUCUGGAGUGUAUUAUACUCACAAUACUGAAGGAGACAAAGUAUAUAUAUAAAUAUAUAUAUAUGAAAUAACUAACUAAAAAAAAAAAAAAAAAAAAAAAAAAAAAAAAAAAAAAAAAAAAACAAA